AUGGAACAUCAUCAAGGGAUAGACGAAUAUGGUGAGCAGGAGGGUGAAGAAAUUCCCGACGAAUUUCAGUGUUGCGUGUGCCUUGAUAUCCUGUACAAACCGGUGGUCCUAGCAUGUGGUCACAUUUCUUGCUUUUGGUGUGUAUUCAAAGCCAUGGACACUUUCCAAGAGUCACACUGUCCUGUGUGCCGAAACCCAUUUAAUCAUUUCCCCAGAAUCUGCAAGCUAUUGCACAUCUUGCUUCUGAAAUUAUACCCAUCCGCCUACAACAGAAGGGAGAGACAAGUGGCAGAAGAAGAAAAAGUAUAUGGGUAUGCAUCUCCAAAAUGUGAGGGUGAUACAAUUAAUUCUCAAUUAAGUGAAGAGCUCAGUGAAGGACAUUCUCUUCAAGUAGAUUCAAUUGUUCAAAGUUCUUCAGGUAGAACUUCUCCUAGUCGACUUGAUGCUACUACUAAUCUAACAACAUCAAGUUCAUAUACGAUUGUCCAUAAUGCCAAUGGUUCUGUUGGACAAAGCAACCAGGUCCUUUUGACGGACUUACAAUGUGCUGUUUGCAAAGAACUAUUAUGUCAUCCCGUCGUUCUCAAUUGUGGCCAUGUUUAUUGUGAGGCUUGCAUUGAUCCACACGGCAGUAUCUGCAAAUGUCCAGUUUGUGAAAGUGCACAUCCGAAUGGGAUCCCGAGAGUGUGCCUAAUUCUUGAGCACUUCCUGGAGGAACAUUUUCCUAAAGAGUAUUUGGCUAGAAAAGAAUAUUCGCGUAACUUUCAGAGUGCUAGUCCUUCAGGAGCUUUGGUGGAGAAGCAAGAGCAGUCUCAGUGUCCGCCUUUACUUACAAUCGACGAUUUAUCUCAGUUAUCCGACCGUGGAACUAAGUUUCAUCCUCAUGCUGGUUGCGACUACUGUGGGAUGUGUCCCAUUAUCGGACUACGAUACAAAUGCAAAGAUUGUGUUGAGAAAAUAGGGUUCGAUCUAUGUGAGAGCUGCUACAAUACUUCCUCCAAGCUUCCCGGCCGAUUUAACCAGCAGCACACGGAGGAGCACAAGUUUGAGGUCAUCCAGGCGCCGUAUCAGAGGAAUAUAAUAAUGAGCCUCCCUGAUCAAUUUGAUCCAAUUGCCAAUAAUAGUAAUAAUAAUCCGGGCACCCAAGUAGUUUAUACAAUCCCUCUCUUGCCACUUGAUGAUGAUUUGGAGAAUGGAGUUGAGAGCACAAUCUCUUCAGACAAUAGUUUGCAAGAUUCAGAAGAUGAUGUGGCAUCACCAGAUUCAUCCUCAAACAAUGGAUGA